UGCAUUGCCAUCCACUAAGAUGCCCUUCUAGAUCCCUGAUGUCUUCAGGUGUUCCUGGCAAAGCUGGCAGCAACCUCUUGUUAUACUUAAUAGUGGGAGGAACAGUCACUGGGACAGGAGCUUAUGUGUACAAAACACUGAAGGACAACAAGGAGCGAUUCACCAGCCGGGUCUCGUCGAUUACGCGACCCCAAGACGAGGAAUCCUCUGCAGCCGGCACUGAUGUCAAGGUCCCAUCCCACGUCCCUUUCCUGCUCAUUGGUGGAGGAACUGCUGCUUUUGCUGCUGCCAGAUCCAUCCGUGCCCGUGACCCCGGAGCCCGGGUGCUGAUUGUGUCUGAAGAUCCUGCCCUGCCCUACAUGCGUCCACCUCUUUCCAAAGAACUGUGGUUUUCCGAUGAUCCCAAUGUGACAGAGACUUUGCGGUUCAAGCAGUGGAAUGGCAAGGAGAGGAGUAUCUAUUUCCAGCCACCGUCAUUCUACGUACCUGUCCAGGACCUGCCCUCUGUGGAAAAUGGUGGGGUGGCAGUUCUGUGUGGCAAGAAGGUUGUACAUAUGGAUGUUAGAGGGAACACAGUGAAGCUCAGUGAUGGGACCCAGAUAACCUACGACAAAUGUCUCAUUGCCACUGGGGGAACCCCAAGGAACCUGCCCGCCAUCGAAAGAGCAGGAAAGGACGUACAGAAAAGGCUGACGCUGUUCCGAAAGAUCGAGGACUUCCGAAACCUGGAGAAGAUUUCAAGAGAAGUCAGGUCCAUCACAAUUAUUGGUGGUGGUUUCCUUGGCAGUGAGCUGGCCUGUGCUCUGGGAAGGAGAGCACGAACCCGAGGCCUGGAGGUGAUCCAGCUGUUUCCAGAGAACGGCAAUAUGGGCAAAGUCCUGCCUGAAUACCUGAGCAACUGGACCACAGAGAAAGUCAGGAGAGAGGGGGUCAACGUCCUGCCCAAUGCUGUGGUCAAGUCUGUCUCUGUCUCUGGCAACCGGCUGGUGAUUCAACUGAAGGAUGGCCGGAAGGUGGAGACAGAUCACAUUGUGGCUGCAGUAGGGCUGGAGCCUAACGUGGAGUUGGCCAAGUCAGCGGGGCUGGAGGUGGACUCGGACUUCGGGGGGUUCCGGGUGAACGCGGAGCUGCAGGCACGCUCCAACAUCUGGGUGGCAGGGGAUGCUGCCUGUUUCUACGACAUCAAACUGGGCCGGAGACGUGUGGAGCACCACGAUCACGCCGUGGUGAGCGGGAGACUGGCUGGAGAAAACAUGACUGGAGCUGCAAAGCCCUACUGGCACCAGUCCAUGUUCUGGAGUGAUCUGGGCCCCAACGUGGGGUACGAAGCCAUUGGCCUCGUGGACAGCAGUUUGCCAACAGUCGGAGUCUUCGCGAAAGCGACAGCGAAGGACACGCCGAAAAGCGCGACAGAGCAGUCAGGGACUGGAAUUCGAUCCGAGAGCGAAACGGAAGCGGAAGCCUCGGAAGUUCACAUCUCUCAAAGCUCUUCACCGACACCUCAAGUCCCGAAGCAAGGAGAGGAUUACGGCAAAGGUGUCAUUUUCUACCUCAGGGAUAAAGUCGUGGUGGGAAUCGUGUUGUGGAACAUCUUCAACAGGAUGCCCAUUGCUCGGAAGAUCAUCAAAGACGGGGAGGAGCAUGAGGACCUCAAUGAAGUAGCAAAGCUCUUCAACAUCCACGAAGACUGAACUCUCUAAGGGGAACAUGGCACUAGGAGCGAGGGGGCUGCUGGCUGUGUGCAUCCCUUCACCUUGGACAGCUUCCCUGGAGCACUUGGGAAUAUUCCACUCACCUGAGCCCAGUGUUUGCACCAAUAAAGUCAGAUUGUUCUAGUUA